CAGUUGUUAUAAAACAACAAAAAAAAACAACCCAAGAGGUCGCUGCAUCCAAGUGCCGAGUUCUCAAUAGUUUUUUACGCGAACCAUGGCCACAGAACUGGCAACUCGAGUCUUACACUCCCUUAACGAUGCAUCAGAAUUGCCUCUUGCCUCCAGCGAAGCCUUUCCAGAUGUCGAGCCUACCGUGCUGAAGGGGGCCCUAGACUCACUGCGGAGCAGGGAGAUGCUCGUCUAUGAGACAAUUGACCGCGAAGAACCAGUCUUGACGGAGGAGGCGGAGGGAAUCAUAAGAGAGGGAAGUCAUGAGGCGAAAGUCUAUGAAGCGGUUUGCGCUGCUAUGGACGGUAUCAAAAUCAGUGAACUACCCGUAGGAGGCCCUUUUUCCAGUUCGACAUUUACCUCAGCUUCUAACUAGGGCAGGGAAUCGUUGGUGCGGCUUCUGCGAAGGUUGGUCAGGGGAAGGCAUUCAAGGAGGGAUGGAUCAAGAAGGACGGUGAUAAGUUGCUUAAAAAGGUAUGCACUACCUUCAAAGAGUUAAUAGUGUUGUUUCUAAUAUCUGAGGCAAUGGCUGAUGUGGUAUGCUUAGGCAGCUUCAAUUAAUGACACUACUCGCGACCAAUUGCAAUUAAUCAAGGCCAGACAAGACGCACCCGAGCCAGCACUUCUGGCAGAGCUGAGAAAAAGGAAGCUUAUUGCUAUGCAGAAGCGUAUUAGCUUCAAGAUAAAUAAAGGACCUAAGUUUGCUCUGGAGGUUGUGAAGGAAGAGACAGAUUUGACAGCGGAAAUGAUUGCUAGGUAUGUUUUUCUUGCUACUCUCGCCAACCCGAGUUAUGCUUAAAUCGCUUAUUCGAAGUCUCUUAGUGGCUCUUGGAAAGAUAAAAGCUUCAAACCUUAUAACUUCGCUGCCCUAGGCGCAAAUACUCCUAGUGGAGCUUUACAUCCAUGUUGGUCCUUCCUACUUAUAUUACCUCCCUAUCCAACAGCUAUUGAUUACAUCCAUACUUACGCUCCGGCUAUGCAGUGAACAAGGUUCGCAGCGAGUUCCGAAAUAUCUUCUUUGAGAUGGGUUUCACAGAGAUGCCAACCAAUCGGUAAGACUUCAAGGACCAAUAACUUCCCAAAGCAAACUGACAAACCCUAUCAGUUUUGUCGAGACCGGCUUCUGGAAUUUUGAUACCCUCUUUGUACCCCAACAGCAUCCAGCCCGCGAUCUGCAAGAUACCUUCUACAUUUCAGAUCCUGCUGUGGCCGAUAAACCCAGAGAUGAUGAAACAGGGGAAUUUCUUGCCGAAUACUGGGAGAAUGUACGAGAAGUCCAUCAAGACGGCAAAUUUGGUUCCCUCGGAUAUCGCUACCCAUGGAAAGAGGAAGAGUCUCUUCGUUUAGUUCUCCGUACCCAUACCACUGCAAUCUCGGCAAACAUUCUCCACAAGCUCGCAAAAAACCCACGACCUGCAAGAUAUUUCUCUAUUGAUCGUGUCUUCAGAAACGAGACUGUUGACGCAACUCAUCUUGCAGAAUUCCAUCAGGUUGAAGGUGUAAUUGCGGACUACAACCUUACGCUUGGAGACCUCAUUGGCUUUAUGCAAGAGUUCUUCCAGAAGAUGGGUGUACAUCAGCUGCGUUUCAAGCCGGCAUACAACCCUUAUACCGAACCGUCAAUGGAAAUCUUCGGUUAUCAUGAAGGCCUUGGAAAAUGGGUUGAGAUUGGCAAUUCUGGUAUGUUCCGACCGGAAAUGUUAGAAUCUAUGGGGUUGCCGAAAGAUAUGCGAGCCCAUGGAUGGGGAUUGAGCUUAGAACGCCCUACGAUGAUCAGAUAUAAGGUCAAUAAUAUCAGAGAGUUAGUAGGACAUAAGGUUGACCUAAAUUUUGUGGAGAGCAAUGCGGCAGUUAGGCUAGAUAGAGAUUAGGUCGAAGCUUUAUAAAGUAGACGAGGGGAUACUAAAAUAAAGCGACUUUUUUAUUGUUUCUUCU